GUCAAUCUAAGUACUUGGCUUUAAAAUAAAAAUAAUCUGACGGGAAAAAAGCGUAAAUGACACCAUUGGCUUGAUAGUCCUCUGUGAGAAUUCGGUAUAAGCGGGAUUAAGUUGUCAUUAAUCUAAUCAUAUAACCAUGCUACGCCCAUUGAUCACCAUCGUCCGGCGCUCUUACGUUACCAAAUUGAGUGAGCGCCAGACGUCUUUGAUUGCCCGUGGAUUGCCUAAAAAGGAACCGAUUAAAGGAGUGCAGGACAUUAUAGUCGUCGCUUCUGGGAAGGGGGGAGUUGGCAAAAGCACCAUUGCAGCAAAUUUUGCAUGCAGCAUGGCCAGACUGGGGAAACGAGUUGGAUUGCUGGACGGGGAUAUAUUUGGGCCGACUGUACCCCUUCUAUUGAAUGUCCAUAGUGAACCGGAUGUAAACGAUCGGAAUCUACUGAUUCCGCCGCAAAAUUACAAUGUUAAAUGCUUGUCCAUGGGUAUGCUCACUACUCCGAAAGACUCAAUGAUCUGGCGCGGUCCUCUCGUCAUGUCAGCUGUACAACGGCUUUUAAAGGGUGCGGAAUGGGGACCGUUAGAUAUCUUGGUCAUAGAUACUCCACCGGGAACUGGGGAUGUGCAUCUUUCGCUAUCCCAGCACGCACCCAUCACGGGUGUUAUCCUGGUAACCACUCCUCAUACUGCUGCCGUUCAGGUAACCGUGAGAGGUGCAAAGAUGUACGAAAAAUUAAAUGUCCCCAUCUUUGGUGUAGUGGAAAACAUGAAGUACUCCAUUUGUGAAAACUGUAAUCAAAGACUAGAGUUUUUUAAAGACAUCUCAAUGAACUUGUUACCUCGUACGCUUAUUUCCCUACCGUUGCACUCACAUAUAGCUGAGUGCAGCGAGAGUGGUGUUCCAAUUGUGAUAAAGUAUCCUGACAGCGAAUACUCAAAUCUUUUUACUCAAUUGGCGAAAGAGAUUUCUGAAAUUCUUGAUAAAAACAAGUUUGGCAAGCCAGAUUUUCAUCGUGGCACCUUUUAAUUACAACUCCCCAAGUUGUGUAUUGGAAAUUAUUUGUUUUUUUUUUAAUUACACACGCAGCAAAAAAUAAGGUACACAGCCACAAAUGCCCUUUGAAAUGUAUUUUGAAAUAUAUAUCUAAUAAAAGCUAUCUGCUUUAAACUUUA